CCAACCUCAGUCUGGUUCAAUCACAUUAGCUCUCAAUCGUGUGAUGACUGUACAAAAACAGAGAACACACAUACACACAUAUAAGCAAACACACCACCACCACCACCACACAAACUCACACACUCACACACUCACACACGCUCUCACCAGGCUUCAGGUCCCGCUGGUGACUUCAGAGACAUCUGUUCGGUCUUUCCGCCUCCUGUCUCUUUAAGAAAAAUGCCUCGUUCUUUUCUGGUCAGGAGCAAGAGGGCGGGGUCUCAUUCAUCCCGCUCCGCCCGCUCCCACACCCACCACUCUGACGGACAACUCGGAGCCAUGCACGGGUCCACCGGGAGCAGCUCACCUGAAGCACUAGAGCUCAGUCCAAAAACGGAUUCAGCUCCCAGUUACCCCGCCUCUCACUGGGUUUCCAUGGAAACCAGCCCGAACUCUGCCUCCCAGGCUGAGAACUGGGGCCUCUGGAGAACAGAUGAGCAGACAGGAGAGAGUGGGCGGCCCCUGGUGUCCACGUCAGUGUGGCCUCCUCCCCUGAGCCCCACUCUCAGCUCUCACAGGGAGCAGGAACUGGAGCGACUGGUGCAGGUGCUGCUGAGCCACAGGCUGCAGGACAGCUCCAACACUCCACUGUGUGAAUGUCCACUCUGUGAGAAGGUGCUGUCGUCUGCGACGGGUUUGGUGACUCACCUGCGCAGGUCUCACAUCAACAGAGUCGCCAUCCCACUGACUGGGUCGGGAUUCGGCACUCAGCAUCACGGCCUCCGACCCCCCACCGGCUUCUACGGCAGGGCUAAAGAGCGCAGUUUUGUCUGUAAGGUGUGUGGGAAGGUGUUUAAACGCUCGUCGACUCUCUCCACUCACCUGCUGAUCCACUCAGACACUCGGCCUUACCCCUGUCAAUACUGCGGCAAGAGAUUCCACCAGAAAUCUGACAUGAAGAAACACACCUUCAUACACACUGGUGAGAAGCCUCACGUGUGUGUGGUGUGUGGGAAGGCGUUCAGUCAGAGCUCCAACCUGAUCACCCACAGCCGGAAGCACAGCAGCUACAGACCGUUCCGCUGCCUGCACUGCCCGCUCGGCUUCCAGAAGAAACUGGACCUGCAGCGCCACCUGGAGACGCACUGCAGCAAUAACAGCAGCACGGCCUACCAGAGCAGCCUGAGUUAGCGCUCCAUGCUAAAUACCCCAAACCGCAAUGUAUAUUCACCUUGAUAUCUUGUCUUGAAAUCCCCCCCAGCUUUUUUAUUUUUCUUUUAAAACAGGUGUGCUCUAAAUGAAUUUGCAAAUAAAAACAAAAUGCUUCAA